AUGGAAACUGUCUUACGUGCUAAAAAAGGAAAAAGCAAUUUAUCUACAGCAACUAACUUCUAUAGUAGUGACUAUCAUAAUCAAAAAGAAAUGAUAACUGAAUUAAUUCCAAAAAUUGUGCCAUUGUAUGAUGGGACAGAACUAAAAAUUAAUCAAAAGUUGAUAAUGAAUGGACUAGCUACUAUCUCUGUACGAAAUAUGAGAUCAAAAGAAUAUGUUAUCAAAUGUAUUUCUGCGAUAAUUGCAAUGUCAACACGUUUAUUUUAUACAGUUAAACCGGAUGCAGCAUUAUUAAUAGAAAACCAUUUUUCAAAAAGGCUUUUAAAGCCAAUAGUGCCAUCCAAUCAACAGAACAAAUGGGUUGACAGUUCUAUUACGGAACCCGAAGAAUCAACACUAAAAGCAGAUAAAUUGUGUGUUCACGAUGUGGAAAUAAAAUCUACUCUUAUCGACUGAAUUGAAAGUAUUAUAAAUAAAAUAAAAAAGUUUUCUACGGUGUUUGUAAAUUUAAUUUAUUCAAAAUCAGUAGCCAAUAGGAUUUAGAAUCUUUACUGAAAGUUAGAAAUAUUGGUACAUAGUAAUAACUAAUAAGUAUUCAUUCUUUUUUUAAUGGAAUACAAUUUUUAUUUUAACUGCUUACACACUGGAAAAGUGUAUUAUGUUUGUAUUAACGUACACAAAAAAUKCAUGGGAAUACUUAUGAUACUAAUGAAACAGAAACAAAUUUGUAUUUCAUCAUAAUAUUAUUUUUUGAGUGGAAAUAUUAUUAUUUAUUACUGUUGUAAUUUUUUCAUGAACAAAA